AUGUCCUCACAACAACAUCGACAGGAUCUGGGAGUGUCCUCAAUGUCGACAUCCUCUUCAAAAUCGAUUCAACACAGUGCUGCGGACCACCCUCUCUCAUCCUCGUCGUCCUCACAAUUACGACUCUCUUCUUCUAUUGCCCUUAUGAUAAAACCUCAUCCCGAAAAUACUUAUUACAACAACCAGAAGAAGAAGGAGACUAUACCAGUGUUAUAUUACAUUCAAUCAUCACCAUCAUCCAAUCAUGACCAAUCCUAUCCAUCACUUCUAAGAGAAUGUUUUCGAUAUUUUCAAUCUCUUCCUCCAUCUCCAUACUUUUUCCGAAAUGCCAACAACACCAACACCACCACUCACUUAGAUGGUUCUCCAUCAUCCUUCCACUCCACCACCAUGAGAAGUACUACUACUACUACCACCAAUAGUAAUAUCACCACCAUUACUUACGAUCGUAAUAAUAGUACCACUUUUCCUUUCUCUCAACAUUGUUCCAUCUUUAAAAUUCAAUUAUUUCCAUUUUGUUCCAUAUUAAGAGAUUUAUCAAAACUUCCCUAUUUCAAUUAUAAUUUAUAUUUUCAUUACGAUUAUUCUAAAUUUAGUAUCAUGAGAAAGAUCAUGUCUUUGAGUUUAAUUAUAGGAUUAGGAACAUUUGCUAAAUUCUUUCUUAAUGUUUUGAAUCAUUCCAAAUUCUAUGGAAAAGAUUUAUUUAGAAAAACAAUUGAGGAACAUUAUGAAAGAGUUCAACAACAAGAGAUGCUUGCCAUGAGUGAUGAUCGUACUGCAAGUGGAGUAGAUCCAUUCGACCCAUCUCCACAACAAUCACAUUCGAUGAUGGAUUCUUCCCAUCAUCAUCAUCCUAAGGGUGGUGAUUCCUUGUCACCAACAACAGUACACUCAUCACAUUCACCACCACCAACAGUACAUUCAUCACAUUCACAACAACAACAACAACAACCUAUUCGUGGUCUCUUAACAGUAGUGAAUCAUAAUAGCAUGUUGGAUGAACCCAUUCUCAUGUCUGGUCUAUGUCCAUUGAGUUGGUUCUUACGUUCUGAUAUGAUUCGAUAUGCUGUCUGUGCCAGUGAUAUGUGUUUUGGUCAUUUUCUUUUAGGUGAAUUUUUCAAAACAGUCAAAGUAUUACCCAUUACGAGACAAGGAGGAUUGGAACAAGAUGCAAUGAAAUUAAUUGUACACAAACUAUCGAAUGGUGGUUGGAUUAAUGUAUUUCCUGAAGGUAGAAUUUAUGUAGAUGGUGAAAUACAUACAUGUCGAAGAGGAAUUGGUAAAUUAAUUUAUGAUUGUGAUCCUACACCUCAUAUCUAUCCAAUUUAUCAUCAUGGUUUAUCUGAUGUAUUACCCUAUGAUGGAAUAAUACCUAGAAUUGGAAAGAAAAUUACCAUCAUGUUUGAAGGAGAUGAAAUUCAAGUACAAGAUUUAGUACAAAAGGGAAGAAGUGGAGAAAUGGAACUCGAUCAAGUGUAUUUGGCAAUUGCAAAGAGAGUUGAGGAGGGAAUGAAACAAUUAAAGAGAAGAUGUGAAGAAGAGGAAUCCAAGAGAUAG